CAUGCUCCCGGCGCUGAGUGCGCUCUCUCCUUGGUCCGCUCAUGAAGCGAUAGACCCAGCCGCAUCUACUCUCUGGCAACACGAAAGAAUAGUCCGUCAUUCGACGGCGAAUAUUGUCGCUGGUUAUGGAUAAUAACAUCGACCAGCCUAACGAUCGCCCGCAUGGUGGGAAGCGAUUCAGUAACAUUGAGAUUCAUGGGGAAAAUAACCGGAAUCAUUUGGGAGAUGUCCAUACUACUAAUGAUUCUAGUGUCCACCAUAAUUAUCAUGGUGUUACUAAUAUUUAUCAUCGAUCUAAUAACCGUCCAUUGCCUGAAAAUAGUCAACCAGGUGCCGAAAACGAAAAGAAACCUGCGAAAAAACCAUGUCUGAUUCCGUUUUCACGAAAUGAAAAGUUUCAGGGUCGCCAGAAUGAGCUUAAGGAGUUACAAGAGUCCAUUUUAAAGGAAAAUGGGCCGAAAAGGAUAGCCCUUGCAGGACUGGGAGGCGCUGGGAAGACGCAAAUUGCACUUGAAUUUGCAUAUCUCAUGCAAAAAAAGGAAUACUUCGUAUUCUGGAUCCCAUGUAUGAGUCUAGAAAGUGUGGAACAGGCAUAUAUGAGUAUUGCCCAAAAAUUUGCACUGCCAGACACCAACCCGACCAAUGUCAAAACGCGAGUCAAGACCCAUUUGAGCGAGACUGAAGACAAAUGGCUUCUUAUUUAUGACAACGCAGAUGAUAUAGACAUGUGGAUCAGCAAGAAAGGUACGGCAUUGAAAAGUUUCUUGCCACGUAGCGACAAUGGCCAUAUUCUCUUUACAACCCGCAAUCAAAAGCUCGCAGUGAAACUUGUAUCUUCAAAUGUGAUCUCCGUUUCAGAGAUGGACCAUAACACGGCUCGGAGUAUUCUUCAGGAAUAUCUCAUCCGAAAAGACCUUGUGGACGAUCAUACCACAACGACUUCUCUUCUCGAGAAACUCACCUUUCUCCCCCUAGCAAUCACACAGGCGGCAGCAUACGUCAAUGAGAAUAGUAUCAAUCUAUCCGAAUACCUAGCUCUAUUACAGGAAAAGGGACAAGAACAGGACGUCAUACAGCUCCUGAGUGAAGAUUUUGAAGAUGACCAUCGCUACGAGGACGUCCAGAAUCCCGUGGCUACGACCUGGUUAAUAUCAUUUAACCAAAUCCAACAACUCAAUUCAUUAGCGAUAGAUUAUUUGUCGUUCAUGGCUUGUAUUAGCCACCGCGGUAUCUCAAAAUCACUUCUACCGCCUGCAACCUCGGACAAGGAAAUGACAGAAGCACUGGGUCUUCUGAAAGCUUAUUCCUUUAUCAGCGCCCAGGAAGACAGAUCGUUCAAUCUUCACCGACUAGUACAUUUGGCCACACGGAGCUGGCUAAAACAGAACGAUCUCCUGAAACGAUGGACUUCUAAUACGGCCAAUCGAUUUGAUGAAAUUUGUCCAAAUUUUGAUAAUACGAAUCGAAAUUUGUGGCGUGAAUAUUUACCUCACGCCUUAUACAUGAUCGAAAGGAUGGAAACCCAACAUGAGAAAUGCGAAUAUCGGAAGUUAAUCAUGAGAGUCGGUAUCUAUCUUUUUAGAGAUGGGAUGGAUAGUAAAGCAAUGGUUAUAUUUGCUGACAUGAGCGAGAUUUACCAGCAAGUGUUUGGAGUCGAAGCUGAGGAGACUAUACUUGUCAUGGCUCCGCUCGCAAUGACAUAUUUACACCAAGGGCAGUUGACAAAAUCAGAACAACUGAAUGAACAAACAUUAAAUAUUUCCAAGCGAGUGCUUGGAAUUGAUCAUUCUACUACUUUGAAUAUCAUGUCUGUUCUUGCAUCAACAUAUCAACAUCAAGGCCGAUUAAAAGAAGCAGAAGAGUUAGGACUGCAGGUAUUGGAAAUCAAAAAACAGACAUUUGGAAUAACGCAUCCUGACACUUUGAUAUCCAUGGGCGAUCUUGCAUCAGAAUACCUCGGACAAGGACGGCUAAAGGAAGCAGAAGAGUUACGACUGCAGGUAUUAGGAAUCAAAAAACAGACACUUGGAAUCAUGCAUCCUGACACUUUGAUAUCCAUGAGCGAUCUUGCAUUAGUAUACCUCGGACAAGGACGGCUAAAAGAAGCAGAAGAGUUAGAACUGCAAGUAUUGGAAAUCAAAAAACAGACACUUGGAAUCAGGCAUCCUGACACUUUGAUAUCCAUGGGCGAUCUUGCAUUAGUAUAUCAUAGGCAAGGACGGCUAAAGGAAGCAGAAGAGUUAGGACUGCAGGUAUUGGGAAUCAAAAAACAGACAUUUGAAAUGACGCAUCCUGACACUUUGAUAUCCAUGAGCGAUCUUGCAUUAAGACAAGGACGGCUAAAGGAAGCAGAAGAGUUAGGACUGCAAGUAUUGGGAAUCAAAAAACAGACAUUUGGAAUAACACAUCUUCAUACUUUGAUAUCCAUGAGCGAUCUUGCAUUAGUAUACCACGAACAAGGACGGCUAAAGGAAGCAGAAGAGCUACAACUACAAGUAUUGGACGCUAGAAAACAGGUACUUGGAACUACGCAUCCUAACACUUUGAUUUCCAUGAUCAGUCUUGCAUCAGUAUACCGCGGACAAGGACGGCUAAAAAAGCAGAAGAGUUAG